AUGCUCCAGGCCCUCUUCGGCUUCUUCCUCAUCAUGAUGGCCGCCACGUUCGGAUACGAGCCGAGUGUGUUGGAGAACAACAACGCUAUCGCUAAGCCCGGGAGUCAAGCGGGUCGGCUAAAGGUGGACGAGUCGUCGACGGGCGACUUGGACCUGCAGUCGCAUGACCGACAGCACGCCCAGCAUCCAGCCAGCAACGAGAGCGUCAGUGCUAACAAUCCGCAAGGCGAGGCCGUGAGGCGGACAAAGGACGUCGAGGCCGACGACUACGACCCUCACGACCACCAGGAUGUCGCCCACCCCACCUCGAACGUGGACACGCUGUUCCACCUGCUCAAGGGCUGCAUCGGCACGGGCAUCCUCGCCAUGCCGGAGGCCUUCAAGUACGCCGGCUACGUGGUGGGCUUCAUCGGCACGGCCAUCAUCGGCGUCAUCUGCACCCUGGCCGUGCACAUGCUGAUCGACUCCGAGUACGAGCUCUCCAAGAGGAGGCGGGUGCCCAGUCUGAGCUACCCCCAGGUGGGGCGCGCAGCCCUGGAAGACGGACCGCCCAAGCUGCGCUGGCUCGCCAGGUAUAUGAGCGGCUGUAUCAAUACAUUCGUUCUGGCCAACCAAAUGGGAGCCUGCAUCGCCUACAUCAUCUUUGUUGCCUCCAACAUGCAGGCGGUCGUGGACACGUGGACGGGAACCGCGCUGCCCCUACGAGUCUGGAUGGUGAUUGUCACCGUGCCCCUCAUCCUGCUCAGCUGGGUGCGCGACCUCAAGUACCUGGCGCCCUUCUCCACCAUAGCCAUCUCCGUCACGCUGGGCAGCUUCGGGGUCAUCCUGUACUACGUGUUCAGGUCCAUCCCCGUCCUGGACGACAAAGUGGCAGUCGGGGAACUCUCCAAGUUCCCGCUCUUCUUCGGCACGGCCAUGUUCUCCCUAGAAGCCAUGGGGGUGAUGAUCCCCCUCAAGAACGAGAUGAAGAACCCCAAGGCGUUCGGGGGCUGGAAUGGCGUCCUGAACCGCGCCAUGGUACCCAUCGUCGUGCUCUUCAUCUGCCUGGGGCUGUUCGGGUACCUGCAGUUCGGAAACGCCGUUGAGGCCUCCGUCACCCUCAGCCUCCCUCAAGAUGAAGUCCUAGCGCAGUGCGUCAAGCUCAUGAUGGCGCUCGCCAUCUUCGUCUCGCACGGACUCAUGAACUACGUCAACUUUGACACCAUCUGGACCAAGACUCUGCUGCCGCGGUGCGAGGCCAGAAAGUUGUCACCGAGGACGCAGCUCCUGUACGAGUACCUAGUCCGCACCGCCAUCGUGCUCGUCCACUUUACGCUGGGCGCCAUCUUCACCAACCUGGGUCUGGUCAUCUCGCUCGUCGGAGCAUUAUGCUUGUCCAUGAUCGGACUCACGUUCCCAGCCAUGAUCCACAUGGCCACGUUCUGGUACUCGUGCCCCAGUCGGCGCUCCUUCGUGUGGCUGGUCGUCAGAGACGGCGCCGUGGUGGUGCUGGGCUUCGUGGCGCUCGUCAUCGGUACCUACGUCAGCAUCAACGACAUUAUAAAGGACAUGAACAAAUGAGCGAAUAGCAUCAUCAGACCAAACUUCAAACCAUUAAGACUGAUGACGUGCAUUUUUAUAAGCAAACCUGUGAUGCCAUACAAUGCAUAAACUAUAAAUAAAAAUAUUUUUCUGUAUUUACGUAACAUAA